CCAUCACCAAUCACCAUCAUCAAUAACUUAACUAAUCGUUGUCAUGUAUAAGCAUACGGUCAAAUCAAAGCUGUCACAAGCGCACAGCACACCGCCCAGUACAAUAACAAAGUCUGCGGCGUCCCAUAAGCAGCCACACGCCUUGGGCGCUGGUAAGAAGUUCUUCUCGCACAUACGCCACAAGAUCGAGGAUAAUCUGACGCCCAAGUUGAGCGGCAAGCUGUACUACAAGGGCAGCAAGCAUACGCGUUCAAUGAGCGCUCUCAGUUUGGUGGACAGCAGCGGCUGUGUGGGCGGCAAGUACACGCCCAAGGCAACCACGACGUCGACAGAGGAACCACCCAACAGCAAUCCGUUGAUGUUGACCUUAAAUAGCAGCAUUUGCAACUAUGUGGAUAGUGAUGAGGAGAGUCACAUGAGCCUGAAUCUAACACAACAAUCACUGGAGGAUGAGAUCUUUGCGGAGCUGGAAAAAGUCGCACACGAUGAGAGCAAGCUGAACGAAGUGUUGCAGAGCUUCGAUCAGAUCUUGCAAGAGUAUCCGCCCGUCGAGGAGCAAGAACAAAUGGAGCAAUCGCUGCUGCUGCCGCCGCCGCCAGCUGAAUUCAGUGAUCGCCAGUUGCUUUCCAAAUCACACAGCACACUGAGCAUAGCCUCAAGUCGUAGACAGAUCUAUCAGACGCCAGAGUUGGCCAAUUCAAUGCUCUUGCGUCGCAGCAACUCCAAUGCGAAUCAACGCUACAACUCACUGUGCGAGCUUAACCAGCUGAGCGGCAGCCGCAUACCCAUUUCCAAGCAUUCCAGUCUGCGUUGCCUGGCCAAAAAUAUGAAUACCAGCAAACAGCCGCAGCUGCAGCAAAUGCCGCAGAAGCAGCAACGCACCAGAUCUAUGCUGGCAUUAAGCAAUCGCAGCGGCAGUCGCUUGAAUGCUGCAGUCAAAGUAAAAUUUCAAUCGCCUCAAAAUUCUAUUGUACCGCCCGUGCGCGCCAAUUCCACGCUAGAGCGUCGCCAGUUGGCCACCAAGCCGCCGAGACGUUCGAAUUCGACGCUCAGAUCAAGCAACGCGCACAGCGAUGAACUGCUGGUCAAGUGCCUGGCCAAGGGUCAUGAUCUGUUGCGACAAGUGGAGAGUUUAAAUGCAGGCAAGUCCCGUUGCAGUCGCGGUGGCAUUAGCAAGGAGCACACUGGACAACUGCUCCGGCACAAGAGGAAGCAGCAACAGCUGCAAAAACUGCACUACGCCAAUGAGGAGAAAGUGGGCAAACCCAAGCUAGAAUCGUGCAAAAUAAUACCGCCCAAAUUGGGCGAGACCUCCGACAAAAAUCACGAGCUGCUGGUCAAAGUGGUGCAGCAAUCGCACUCACAGUCGCAGCCACCAACGGGGCAGCAGACAAUAAAAAAAGUUGAAAGUAAUUCCAACUCAGAUUCGGAUGACUCGGGUCAUAUUAGCAAUACGGUGCUAUCAACGUCCUCCAACUCCACAAGCAAUUCAAUCGGCAGUCUGUGCGAGUCUGAGGGCGAAGUCGAAACGGAGCCGAUCAAAAGCUGCUGCAAGCCCAAUAAAAUUGCUCAGUUAUUGCAAAAAUUUGAGGCUAAAUCGAAAUUGCAAAGCGACGGCAAUUUGAUUACGACGACGUCGACGACGAAAACAACAAAAGUGGCUCAGGUGCAGGCGGUGCGCUGCAUCCAAACGCAGGUGGAGAUCUAUCCCACCUAUAUGAAAGAGGUAACUAUGCGGCUGCAGUAGCCAGCGAGUCCCAACAACAAUGGCGAAAUGGCCCCUCCAUAACUUAACUCUAUUAUAUGCUCUAUUAGUUGCAACUAUUUUUUAACUAUU